GAACAUGAGAAGCGAUGCUGGACGGUACAGUUCAACAAUGUUGAUCCACAGUUGAUGGCUUCUGGUUCAGACGAUGCGAAGGUGAAACUUUGGUCGCUAUUAUCAGAUCGUUCGGUGGGAUCAAUUGAUGCAAAAGUGAACGUUUGCUGUGUUUAUUUCAGUCCAACGUCGAGACAUAGCCUUGUUUUUGGUUCGGCUGGUGAGGGGCAUCUUCAUAUUGCGCUCAAAUUUUUUUAUGUUAUUGAUGUGACAUCUGCUUUCAGAGUUUGUUUUCUGAACUGA